AUGGAUAUAUUCGAGGAGGACUAUCAGUCCUUGGACGAAACAACUGGUGGGUUGAAGAAGAGGUCCACUUUGGCUUGUCUACGGUGCAGACGAAGACAUAUAAAAUGCCCCGGUGGAGAACCGUGUGUGAGAUGCACUCAGGCAAACGAACCUUGUGAGUACAUGGAAGGUGAUCGCAAAAUUGUCAUUUCUGUGAAAUACCUGAACAAAUUGCAGGCGGAUAUAGCACAGUUGAAAAUAGAGAACGCCAAUCUCAGAACUUCGUUGAAAAAUGUUAGCAGAGAUGAGGUGAUAGAAGAGGAAGCACCUAGAGCCAGUGUGGAUCCUACUCUUAACAAUCUGGACCAUCUUUCUACGCCUUCAAUUGAUGAUCCAAAGAUGAUGCCGAAGCCAAAAGCGGUCUCGGUGGAAGGUGAAGUGAUUACUCCCUAUCUGGAUAAGUAUGGUAGAAUUAUCCACUCGCGAACUGGUGAAAGAAUCUACGUGGGUGCUUCAUCAAUGACUCUGUUUGGUCUGGAGGUCAAUAACUUGAUCACACCUAUACCUACUUCUCCAGAGUCCGUUCACUCUAGUGAGACUCCAGGACCCAUUCCACGGUCUACUGAGACUAUUUUGGAAAAAGAGGGCAACGCCUACCGAAUAAUGCUGGGAAAGACCUAUUCCCGACCCGGGAUAUCGGUAAAUUUCACCCUCCCGAGCUACAGUUACGCCAUGUUAUUGGUAGAUACUUUUGUCUCCUACAACGAUGGGUGUUUCUAUUUCUUCAAUGAGGGUUUGGUCAAGGAAAACCUCAGACGCAUAUACAACGACGAGCCCACGCUCAAACCUGAAAACUACGAUGAUAUCAAGGAAGACCAGACCCUUUUGGAGACCAUGUGGUUUUGCAAGGUGCUUUUGAUCUUUGCCAUUGGUGAGAUGUAUCUGGGUACCGCAAACAGUCCUGAUGGUUAUAAACUCAAGAAUAAAGGGAAUAAGAGGAUGAAGGCGAGGAAACCAGUACCUAAACUACCCGGAUCGGGUUUCUUCAACCAAGCUAGUGAACUGUUCACAGGCCUUUUUGCCAGUGGUGCCAUUGACAAUUGUGCACGUGAGAGUGGAAUAGAAGUCUUACUGCUUUAUGCAUUCUACCUCCAGGUUGCUGAUUGCACUGUUGCUUCCUAUUUCUAUUUUGGCAUUGCCCUCAGAGCAUCGCUGGUUUUGGGAAUGCACGUGGAUAUUGGCAAAGAAACAUUCAACAGAUACCAAUUGGAGCACAGAAGACGCCUGUGGUGGACCGUGUAUAUGUAUGAGCGUAUGCUUGCGUCCAAGGCUGGUCUUCCUCUCUCGUUCACCGACGACAAUAUCUCUGCCGAUCUACCAGACGACUUCGACAUGUCCAAUCCCGAGAAGAACUGCGAGUUCUACAUAUUUCCCGAAGCAGAGUUUAUCAGAAAUUGCGUCAAGAUUACGCAAAUCAAUGCGGAUAUUUUGGGAAGGCUCUACAACAGACAGCCCAAAUCCAAUAUUCUUCCUGUGGUUCACGAGUUGGUGAUGAACCUUCUCAAAUGGAAGAAGAGUCUACCGGAGUACGUCAACUGUGACUAUACACAGCCUGAGAUCCAAAUCUCACGGCUGGUAGUAAACAUGAUGACAGAAUACUUCCAAGGCAUAAACCUCGCAGUGCGACCACUGUUGUUCCAUUUUGUGGUACUGCAAUUGAAGAGCUCAAACACCAAGCUGGGAGAAUACAUAAACCUGUCCAAGUGUUCCUCAGUGAUUCUAACCCUGAUAAACGCGUCGUUUCAGGCGUCUAUCAAUACGGUGAGAUCGCUUUGGGCACUAAUGCCAGAGAACAUGGUCGCGCUUUUUGGCUACAUGGAUAGAGAGUAUUUGUUCACCUCAACGGCAACGCUUAUUCUUUUCAACGCUGCAUUUGGAGUCAACGAGAUCACAAGGGAGCAUCUUGAUCACGCGCUGGUGAUUUUUACCAAGAUGCGAAAUUUGGGUAAUCAUCCGGCUGCACUAAGAAGGGAACAGUUGUUGAAGCUGUUGGAAUUACUGAAUUUCAAUGGUGUUUGGAACGAUUUGUUGGAAGCCCAUCUGGAUAGCUUCAACACACCCCUUCCGAUGUUUAAUGAGAGCACUCAACAAAAUGGUGCCAGCUUCUUGAAGUCUCCGUCUUUGGGCCCCGUCAAUUCCGAGGCCUUUCAGGCUAUAGAAAAGACCUGGAACAAUCCCACAGACUCCGACGUGAAGCUUUGGAAUGACAUCACCACCGAGGCUAUUUGGCUGAACGACGACUUUGGCGAGGAAUUUGAGUCUCUCCUAGAAAGUUGCAAGCCUUAG